CCCAGAUAGAGAGAGCUCAGAGCAGUUAUGGAAACCUCGACGGUGAUGGAAACGACGAAGCUUAAGUACCUGUCCUCCAUUGCUGAGGACGUCGUCCGAAGAUGCUCCCAGAAACUGGGCACUCCUUUAGAGAAAGUAGUCGGAGAGUUUGAAGCCGGAUGGAAAGCUGAACCGGGAAAUUAUUGCCAGAAAUUAGUGGAAUUUUGCAGCGAGAGGGCGCUUAUUAGUGACAUGUGCAACGACAUACAGGAAAAGAUUAGUGAUGGGUCUUUUAGCAGGUUCACAUAUGACUUGAUGCUUGCUUGGGAGAGGCCAAGCUACUACGAUGAAGACGAGCACACGGAGUCUGUUGCAAAGGAGAAAGAAGAGAGGAAGAUGCCUCUUAAUGUUAUCCAUGAAGAACGAGAUGAAAUCCCUCUGUUUUACUCAGACAUCAUGCCUCUCCUUGUGAGUAAUGAGCCCAACGUUGGAGAAGAUGCAUUUGUGUGGCUGGCAUCUUUGCUUCCAUUAAUAGCAGAUGUUGCAAAUGGAAGGUUUACUUUUGAAACUUUAACAGCACCAACAGGCCACCGACUACAUUUUCCCGCAUACGACUUCUUCUUAAAAGAAAUGGACAAGUGCAUAAGACAUCUGCAAAAGCAAGCAACACCAAAUGGCAUAGAGAUGGCUGAUGACGAAUUUAUAUUACACGUGGAGGGAACAGCAAACUCUCAGAGAGUAGUUCGACACAUUGGAGCAACAAGUUGGGCAGGUAGGCUUACACUGAGCAACUAUGCUCUUUACUUUGAGGCCUCAGGAGUGAUUAAAUAUGAAGAUGCUCUAAAAAUAGACCUUUCUGGGGACACGGAGCACACCCUGAAACCGGCUGCUACAGGGCCCUGGGGAGCUCCGCUUUUUGACAAGGCUAUAAUCUAUGAUUCACCUGAGCUAUCAGAGGGCAUUGUCCUGGAGUUUCCAGAAGUGACAAGUUCCACAAGAAGGGAUCAUUGGCUUGCGCUGACAAAGGAAAUUAUGUUGCUACAUCAAUUUUUAUCAAAAUACAAAAUAGAAUGCCCCGUACGAUCAUGGGAGAUGCAUGCCAGGACAAUUCUAGGGAUUAUAAGGCUCCAUGCUGCAAGAGAAAUGCUAAGAGUUUCACCUCCUGCUCCAACAAAGUUCUUAAUAUUUUCUUUAUAUGAUGAGAUACCAAAGGGAGAUUAUGUGCUAGACGAACUUGCUGAGAGCCUCAAGAAGGGUAAUAGUGCACACCCAUGCAGUGCGAGUUCAAUCCUUAGAAGUAUGGACAUUUCUAGGCCCAUCAUUUCUGGUGCAGAACUGGAAGUUAAAGAGGCUAUACAAGCAUGUAAAAGUGUUAACGGUCCAGAAGAAAGUGCCUUCUCGCUGGAGACAGCUAUUAAACAAGCUAUGGAGGAAGAAAAGGAAACUCUCAUUGCUAAAGCCACCACUGAAGAGUUAAAAGAGGAAGGAAUCACUGACAGCGUUAUGGUUCUUAUGGAGCUACUAAAGCCACUUCAACGUGUAGUCCCUUGGUUUCAAGAUAUCUUCACAUGGCAAAAACCAAUGGUUACUCUUACUGUGCUUGCUGCAUCCCUGAUAUUCACCUAUAUGGAAUGGAUUGGCAAGGCAUUGGCAAUUUUUCUGAUAUGGGUAAUAACGAAAAUGAUGGAGGCAAGACACAAAAGAUUGAAUGAAAAGUGCGACGAGUUAGUAAUUAGUACAGCCUCUGAACAGUCUACGAUGGAGAGCAUCGUGUCUGCCCAACAGGGAUUGAACACUGCUCGUGAGGUGAUGCAGAUAGCAAAUGUAACCAUAUUAAAGAUAUGGUCAAUAUUUAUUUCUAAGGCUCAUAAGCAUUCAAAUACAGUGAUGGUGGCAUUGGCGGGUUUGGCAAUAUUACUGGCAAUAGUUCCGUUGAAGCUGGUGAUUAUGGGAAUUAUAUUGCAAAGCUUCAUAGCAUCAAAAGGAGGCAAGCCUUCGGGAACAGGGAACAGACGACUCAAGGAAUGGUGGGAUUCAAUUCCAGUCAUCCCUGUUCGCCUUGUAGACGCCAAGAAUCCUGACACUGCUAAUUAUUAGCUGUUUGUGAGAUUGCCCUAUAUCCAGCAUAUCAUGUAAAGUGUACCUAACGGAAGACAUUGAAGAAUUCAUGUAAAAAUUCACGUUUCUACUGUCCCAUAAAAUGUUAGAUAUAUUUUGGAAUGAUUGAAGAUUAAAGGCUUCCGAUGCAAGAUGUGUAACGUGUGAAACUUAUUAGGGCAGAGCGAGCCGCAUAUACAGCAGAAGCAGCAAUAAGAGAGGGGCAAUACAAUAUCACGGCCGCAUGGUGAACAAGGCUAAAUUCAGCUAAGAAAUACACUGUGUUCUCCACGUCCUUACCAGAGGGAGAAGAGACUUUGAUAUACCGAACAAGGAAGACGUAUGGUGUAGCAACAGUCAAAUACCGUUCUAGCUUCCUCACUGUUAUCUCCAUCAUCAGAACCUGUUCACUUUGAUAGGCAUUCUCUGCUGUGAAAAAGUUUUACAUUUAUUGUCGUGUUAUAUAUGUUUUGUCCAAUAAAAAUAUAUAAAUGUAUAAUUAUUUUUAAUAAUUUUAUUUUAAGAAUAA